AAUUAAAUUACCUACAUUUAGAGAAGCAAAGCUAUAUAUAUAGACGCACAGUGUCUUCCAAGAAAUCAAGCAGAUCGAAGCAAAGACUCUUAAAGAGUAUAUUAUUUUUAUUAUAUCGUCAUCGUUAUCAUCAUCAUGAAGAGCUUAGUUGUUGCAGACAACAAAACAAACCUUUAUCCUUCACUUGUGCCAAAUCUUGCUCCUCUUCCUCUCAACUCCAGCAAUGGCGGCUUCCCCUCCUCCACCAACAUUUCUCCUCUCCCUAACUCCUUCAUCAACCUCGACCAGGGAGAUCCGGUGCUGUUUGAGGCGUACUGGAAGAGGAUGAGCGAGGAGUGUACGGUGGAGAUUAAGGGCUGCGAGCUUCUGAGCUAUCUGAGUGAUCUGGGGAGUGUGUGUUGGUUCAUGAAGCCGGAGCUCAGAGACGCCAUUAAAAAGCUUCAUGCUCUGGUUGGCAACGCAGAGACGAAUGAUAGGCACAUUGUGGUCGGCAAUGGCUCAACACAGCUGUUUCAGGCUGCUCUCUUCGCUCUCUCUUCUUCACUUUCUUCUUCGGAUGAUGAAAACCCUAUCAAUGUGGUCGCUGCUGCUCCUUAUUAUUCGGAGUAUCCAGACCAAACAAAUAUUUUGCGUUCAGGCUUACACAAAUGGCAUGGUGAUGCUGUGGAGUAUGACAAGAAUGAAGCAUACAUCGAGGUAGUGACGUCUCCGAAUAACCCAGAUGGUAGCAUUAGAGAACCAGUGGUGAACAACAAGAGUGGAGGUGAAGGCAAGCUGAUUCAUGACCUUGCUUAUUACUGGCCUCACUACACUCCCAUAACUCACAAGGCCAAGCACGACCUUAUGCUCUUCACUUUCUCCAAAUGUACUGGUCAUGCUGGUUCUCGUAUUGGGUGGGCUAUUGUGAAGGAUACAGAGAUUGCGAAGAAGAUGACCAAGUUUAUACAGAUGAGCUCCAUUGGAGUGUCGAAAGAAUCCCAAACUAGAGUUGUUAAGAUAAUUGAAGUUCUUUGUGAUAGUUAUAAGAAUUUCAAACUGGGGUCUAAAGAAUCUGAGCUGUUCUUUGAGCACAGUAGGAGCCUUAUGAAGGAAAGGUGGGAAAAGCUGAGGGAAGUCGUCAAACAAAAUGGUGAUUUCAGUUUGCCAAAGUUUCAAAGGGCCUAUUGUAACUUCACUAAUGAAUCAUCUGAGACAUAUCCUGCUUUCGCAUGGUUGAACUGCAAGAAGGAGGAUGAAAAUUGUGAGGGUUAUUUGGAAAAGAAAUUGAAAAUACUUGUUAGAAGUGGGAUCCGAUUUGGAUCUGAUCCAAGGUAUGCUAGAAUUAGCAUGCUGGUGAGAGGUGACGACUUUGACGAAUUCUUGAAGAGGCUAUCGAAUAUCUAAGAGAUGAUCCAUUAAAUAUGUAGUUAGAGGGUAGAUCUAAUAAGAGAGGGUUAUUUAAUAUAAUUAAUAUCUUUGUCUUGUAGUUUCAUGAAUGUCAAGUAAGUUUUUAAUCGAGGGUUAUUUGGUAUAAAAUGUCAAGUAGGUUUUAGAAUAAAAACCCACCCUUCUUUUUCUUAGGUGU